AUGCAUCGCUACAUCCCUCGACGAGACGGAACUCCCCUCUCUGAAAAGAUCCGCAUGAAGCAAGACCAUCAGCCACGGCCUACUAUAUCGCCUGCCUGCCGUCCCGUCCCCGCUCCCGUCUCCGUCGUUGGACCGUCGGUCUUGUCCCCAACUUCUUACAAGCGCCCCUCUCCGGCCUCGUCUACUCCCUGUAGACGAAUUAGAACAAAUUUCUUUGGGCCACGGCCGAAGGAAGAGGAGGAACACCAACGACACGAAGAGAGAUUGGCUGAAGCCUUGGACAUCGAUAAGGCUGCCAAGAUCCUCGAUUUCAGGGUUCGGCCGGCCCGAGCACUGAGGACAGAGUAUACAACCCAGGCAAUCGCAUCUUCCACGGACUCAAUCAAAUUACAACGCAGCCUGCCAGCGGCGCCGUACAAAGUCCUCCAAGCGCCGGGCCUCGAGGAUGACUAUUACCGCUCGCCCUUGGCCUACUCUUCUACCUGCCGAUGCUUAGCUGUGGCUCUGGGAAACACCGUCUACCGAUGGUCGGAAUGGCAUGAUCCCCAGCCUGUCUACCGCACUCCUCACCAGCGACAUACGAGCCUGACAUCUCUGUCAUUUUCCUCAACCGAGGGAAACAAGGCCAUUCUGGCCUUUGCACGCAAGGACGGUUACUUUGGUCUUCUGUCGUUCAUUGACGAAAUGCUUCCGCGGUUUUGGUUUUACCACCCGUUUCCGAUCGAUGCUACAGUGCCAACAGAGGACCUUCUGGUUGGCGAUGGUCGAGGAAACAUCCUGCACUAUAUCGUUGAGUGGCCCAGCUUGUGGGAGGUAUCCCGUGACACUUGGUUUGGUAAAGUGACGCCCGUUGCCAAGAUUGCAGCGCAUACCUCGCAGAUUUGUGCACUAGUCUGGUCUCCCGAUGGUCAAGACUUUGUUUCCGGGAGCAACGACAACACGGCCUGCUACUUUGAGAUACAACGAUUGGACAAACAGCACAGGGACCACAACUCAUCCAGGACUCAGACCCGUAAAAGCCGCCGGUCAAAAAGUGAUUGGAGCCUGCCAGGAAGAGAUAACAUGUACUCUCGACCAAAAGAGUAUGAAACGAGCGGCAAUGGAUCGAGCCCCGGCGUGGAGACCAUGUUCGACGUCACUCCGAUAAGUACAACAAUCGAGGCUGGUGUUAUUGGAGGCAUCCCUAGAACGAUACAAGCGCCUACAGAGGACUUGCGAGUGUUCAAAAGAGGAAUGGAAACGCACUGUUGGCGACAUGAGGCUGCAAUAAAGGCAAUCGCAUUCUGCCCCUGGCAGAACGGGCUCGUUGCCACCGGCGGCGGCUUGGGUGACAAGUGCAUCCACUUCUUCCACACGACGUCUAGCACACCACUGGCCACCAUCGAUGUCGGUGCGCAGGUCACCUCAUUGAUCUGGUCUACGACACGGCGGGAAAUAGCAGCUACGUUUGGCUACAGCCAUGGCUAUGCGCAAACCGAGCACCCAUAUCGUCUUAUUGUCUUCAGCUGGCCGUCUUGUCGGCAAGUCGGAGCUAUUGCUUGGGCGGGUGGCCCACGGGCCUUAUACGCCAUUCCGUACCCAGGAGGACCAUCAGAUGCACUCAAGGGAAGUCGUACGGCAAAAGAAGGAACCAUUGUCGUGGCAUCGAGCGACGAGACUCUCAAGUUUCAUGAAGUCUGGCAGGACAAGCCAAAAUCGACUACCGGAGGCGCCGUUGGGAUGUUGGGCGGUAGUGACAUUCUCGAGGCACUUGGAAUCGUCAAGUUUACAAGCAAUGUCAAGUCAGCCCUAUUUACAUACAAAGGUGGAGUGCAUGCAUCAUCAACCUGGAAGGUCGACGUGACCUCCAAACCACCGGAGGCGCUAAUACCCCAGGCACCCUUGAAAGCAUACCGACUCAAAGACCCCUGUCACUACGGCGCCGCCUACAUACACAGAAACGUAACUCACAGUCCUUGUUGCGGACGACCUGACGUCCUGAGCGCUUGUCUCACAACCCCCGUCUCCGUCCAUCCCCCCGUUCCCCAGCGCAUGAACACCUCCAAAACCUCCCCCGAAUCCGCAACCACUCCGGACCAUUCAGGAACAACGUUUGCACCCAUCGUCAUCCCUUCCAAUCUAAACCUCCUGCUUGUGAACUCUGCCAUCCACUACGAGCAUCGGUCGGCAAUCACCAAGAACAUGUCCACCCUGAACCAGCUUUACCUGCUCGCCGACCACGUCAAGCUCUCCCUCCUGGAGCGCCAGCGCGCCCUGUCGCUCAACCUCGACGCCGACACCCAGGACGGACACAUCUCUCGCUCGCUCGACCAAUUCAAAGAUGGCCUGGAAGCAUUAGACGCCGAGGCCAAGCGCCUGCAGGGUACCGGCGAUGAGAGAACCGACGUUCAGGCCGGAAUUUUCUCCGAGUUCUGCGCGAGAGCAUCCGCCGCCCUGAACAUCACCGACUCCCUCCCCGCGCUGCAGAAGCAAUUCUCAGACCUGACCUCCCAAUUCCACGGGUUCUCGAACCCCUCCACCUCCUCCACCACAACCUCGCCAAACGACCCCUCCCUCGCCGCCGACUUUGACGCCGCCCAGUCCACGAAACCCCUCAAGGGCUCCCUUCGGGGCCUCCCCGGCGGUGCCGCCGCCGCAAACAACAGCAAGACCGUCCGCUUCACCGAUUCCCCCGGCGCCGCAGCAGCAGCAGCCGAAGAAGACGCCGCCGCCGCAGCACUCUUCGGCCCCGGCCGGUACCGCGACGACCCGGCCGACACGGCGGGCUACCGCGACCAGGCCGAGGGCAUGGACAACCAGCAGAUCCACGCGUACCACUCGCAAAUCAUGCGCGACCAGGACGACCACCUGGACCGGCUGGGCGAGUCCAUCGGGCGGCAGAGGGAGCUGAGCAUGCAGAUCGGCGACGAGCUCGACUCGCACGUCGCCAUGCUGGACGAGGUGGACGAGGUCGUGGACCGGCACCAGGGCCGGCUCGACCGGGCGCGCCGGUCGCUGGGGAAGGUCGCGCGGGACGCUGGGGAGAAUAAGCAGAUGAUGACGAUUGUCGUGCUCAUCAUCAUUCUGUCAUGCACGGGCAGCCUCUCUUUGAUUUUUGUCUGUUUCGUUGGGGUUUCCCUCUUUGGUUUGGGACCCGUCCUCAAGGAGAGGGCCAACGUAACUGAAUGGUUGAUCCACAUUUUGGUAAUGUAUCACCAUGAACGUGAAUGCGCUCCUGCAAAAGGUACGCAUUUGGAAGAGUUUCAUCUUCAUUUUGCCAUCAUUGAGCCUUCAUAUAUGCACUCCGACCCACCGAAUCUCGAAGCCACCAAAGUAGCCCAGGUUCGAAUCCUGGAUGGACCUCUCUCCCUUUUGUCACUUUCGAAUAUGAUUCCAAUCUCGCGAUAUUCAGGCGGUACUGCUGUGAUGGCUUCACUCUAUAAGGCCAAGCCUCACUUUGUUACAACAUGCCAGUCUUGGCCCCGACGCCAUGUCAUUCUGCACAUAUUCAACAUAGAAUUGCUUCCAUAA